AUGCAUCUCUCCGCUUUCUCCUCACUUUGUCUCGGCACACUCGUUGUCCUGGGCUCACCAAUUGUCCAAAGACGCGAUACCGAUCUUAACUCCACUCGUUGUCCUGACUUUUGCGCCAACACAGAGACGACAACCGAUUCGGAUCCGGCGCUGUAUGUAUGCGGCGACAAGCGUCUCGGGCCUGUCACGCUGCCUUCCGGAAUCCCGCUUGAAGGCAUCGCUGGCAUGGGCAGUACAUAUCGACGCUUCGGCGGGCUCUGCCCUGGCGAGUUUCUCGCCAAAUACUGGAACACGACAUCUAAAUGGUUUGACUACCCGAAGCAUGAAGGCUACAGUCUCGACACCGCGGGCGAAGUUGCAAAGUUCAAUCUUACGCUCAAGCGGGGAGAUUUCAUCGACCGGUUCGGCAGCGAGAACGGCACAUACGUAGCCCCGGCAGGCACACCAUAUGCCCUACGUAGCUUGCCGCCAGUAAAUCUCAAUGCCAAGCCGGAAGCAAAAUACCCGUACAACUAUUAUGUGUACAUGGUCAUGAGGAACAUGGUGGUAGAGGGUGGUCCCAUUGCGCCGUGGUUCGGCCAACAGGGAUUGGGAAUACAGUUUCUAAUGCCGGAUCAUAAACAGCUUUGGCAGCUGGUCGAAGAGGGGUAUUUAGCGAGAAUUGAUUUGAAGACGGAUCCGUAUUGGUAA